AUGGGUCUCCUGUCGAAGAAAGCUACUUGCAACACUCAUGGCCAAGAUUCUUCGUAUUUUUUGGGCUGGGAAGAGUAUGAGAAGAAUCCUUACGACGAGAUCAAGAAUCCAGACGGCAUUAUCCAAAUGGGUCUCGCAGAAAAUCAGUUAUCUUUCGAUCUCAUUGAGUCAUGGCUUGCUAAGAACCCCGACGCAGCAAAUUUCCAAAGAGAUGGCCAAUCUAUUUUUCGUGAAUUAGCUCUCUUUCAAGACUAUCAUGGCCUUCCUUCCUUUAAGAAUGCUAUGGCGGAUUUCAUGUCGGAAAAUAGAGGAAACCGAGUUUCUUUCGAUCCAAACAACCUUGUCCUCACCGCUGGUGCUACUCCGGCUAACGAAACUCUCAUGUUCUGUCUCACUAAUCCUGGAGAUGCUUUUUUGCUCCCUACGCCAUAUUAUCCAGGAUUUGAUAGGGAUUUGAAAUGGAGAACCGGAGCUGAGAUUGUACCGAUCAAGUGUACGAGUGCAAACGGAUUCCGCAUCACUAAAUCUGCACUCGAAGAGGCCUACGAGGAAGCUCAAAAGCUUAACCUAAAAGUGAAAGGAGUCCUUAUAACCAACCCAUCUAACCCGUUGGGUACUACAACGACCCGAACCGAACUUAACCAUCUCGUGGACUUCAUCUCACGUAAGAAGAUUCACUUGAUAAGCGACGAGAUCUACUCGGGUACCGUUUUUGCUUCUCCCGGAUUCAUUAGCGUAAUGGAAGUCCUCAAAGAUAGAAGGCUCGAAAACACAGAUGUUUUUAAACGUGUCCACGUCGUUUACAGUUUGUCUAAAGAUCUAGGCCUACCUGGUUUUCGCGUUGGGGUGAUUUACUCCAACGAUGACAAUGUCGUCUCAGCAGCGACAAAAAUGUCCAGUUUCGGUCUAAUCUCUUCUCAAACACAAUACCUCUUGUCCGCAUUGUUAUCCGACAAAAAAUUCACCAAAAACUACCUCCAAGAGAACCAGAUCCGUCUCAAGAACCGACACAAGAAGCUCGUAUCGGGACUAGAGGCUGCAGGCAUCGAGUGUCUCAAGAGCAACGCCGGACUCUUCUGUUGGGUCGAUAUGAGACACCUAUUGAAAUCAAACACGUUCGAAGCUGAGAUUGAACUAUGGAAAAAGAUCGUUUACGAGGUUAAGCUCAAUAUCUCUCCCGGUUCUUCGUGCCAUUGCAACGAACCGGGUUGGUUUAGGGUUUGUUUCGCGAAUAUGAGCGAAGAGACAUUAGAGGUUGCGUUGGAUAGACUGAAGAAGUUUGUUGAUGGACCGUCGUCUACUGCAAGAAGUCAAAGUGAACAUCAAAGACUAAAGAAUUUAAGGAAGAAGAAAGUCUCUAAUUGGGUUUUCCGGCUAUCGUUUCACGACCGUGAACCCGAGGAACGAUAG